AUUGACAAAUUUGGUAUAUAUAAAAUGUUUAAUUAAACAUACUGUUCCGUACACAUUUGGUGCGAGUGUGUGUGCCUGAGUCUGAGCGUGUAUAUGUAGCCUGCCUUUGCUGUGUCCAACUGGCAGUAAAAACAUAUGCACAUAUGUGAGAGAAAAGAAGCAGCGGGUUUUCAAUAAUUGUUUGUUGCGUGCCAAAUUCUAAAAGGUGGAAGCCAAUUAGGUGCAAUUAUAGAACGCAGCUCGACAAUCUGGACGCAAUGUCACUCCCAGGCAACGGCAUUUAUGUGGUGCGCGGUGAAAUGGCUACGCUAGUGACGGCCAUGCGACGUGGUACGCGCUGGAAUGCAACAGCCUACGUGGAUGAUGACAAGGACGCCUUGCUGAAACUUUUCAUCGAUCUGAAGCAGGUGCUAAACCGCAUUGAGGACUUGCGUUUAAUUGAACCGAAUGUGUUCCUAGCACCCUUUUUGGAGGUGAUUCGCACUGCUGACACCACAGGACCAUUAACUAGUCUCGCUCUAGCCUCGGUGAACAAAUUCUUGUCAUAUGGCCUGAUUGAUCCCACGACUCCAAAUCUUGCUGUGAUUGUCGAGAUGAUUGCGGAUGCUGUGACGCACGCCCGCUUUAUGGGAACGGAUCAGUCAUCGGAUAGUGUAACAUUUAUGCGUGUCAUCGAAGUGUUACACACUCUCAUCCGUAGUCCGGAGGGUGCCGCUGUUAGUAAUGAGUCCAUGUGUGAAGUGAUGCUCAGCUGCUUUAAGAUCUGCUUUGAGCCACGCCUUAGCGAGCUGCUUCGUCGUUCCGCCGAAGAAUCACUCAAAGACAUGGUGCUGUUAUUCUUCAUGCGGCUGCCACAGUUUACGGAAGACCGCAGCGACACUGUGUUGCAGAAGCGCUUUACCAUCUGUGAUGCUUCGGCUGGUGCACCUACAGAAAAGCAUAGGCGCAAAUCACAUACCGCUCUGGCUGUGCAACGUAAGUCAUCCACAUCCGAUGAGCCGCCUCAGACUCCGCACAGCGCGCCGAUGGCUCCUACGUAUUUGAAGGCGCCCAUACUUGCCACUACACCUGCUUCUCCCGCAGGCAACAUUCUUGAUAUGCAGGGCAAGAUCACACAAACACCCACCACAACAAUUGUUGGCAAUACUUCACUUUAUGUGCCAAAUAUUCAGGUGGAGAACGACAAAUCUGAUCUGAUGCCAGCUGAUGCGGAAGAGGAGCGAACAACACUCCCGACUACUUCGUUGACCGAGGCCAACAGCAGCGAGUAUAUCAACUCUGUGGGGGUGCGUUUCACCCAGCAGUCAUCUUCACAAGAUGCGGCUGCCUUGUCAACCUCACUGACACCAUAUGGGCUGCCAUUUAUCCAGGAACUGUUCAGGUUUCUCAUUAUACUAUGCAAUCCGCUAGACAAGCAGAAUUCAGACAGUAUGAUGCACACUGGUUUGGGUCUGCUCACAGUUGCCUUUGAGGUGGCCGCCGACAACAUUGGCAAAUAUGAGUCACUUCUGGAGUUAGUAAAAGAUGAAUUGUGUCGAAGCUUAAUAUCGCUACUGAGUUCGGAGCGCCUCAGCAUAUUUGCCGCUGAUUUGCAACUUUGUUUUUUGCUCUUCGAAUCACUGCGCGGCCACCUGAAGUUUCAGCUGGAGUGCUAUCUAAAGAAACUAAGCGAGAUCAUUGCUAGCGAUAAUCCAAAAACUCCCUACGAGAUGCGCGAACUGGCGCUGGAUAAUCUGCUGCAAAUGUGGCGUAUUCCCGGCUUUGUCACUGAGUUGUACAUCAAUUACGACUGUGAUCUAUACUGCACGGACGUGUUUGAGAGUCUUACCAAUUUGCUAAGCAAAUACACACUCUCGGCCACCAAUGCUAUCUACAGUACGCAUAUCAUCGCCAUGGACACGCUGAUUAGUGUGAUUGAUUGCAUCGAACACAAUUGUGCUGCUGCCAAGAACAACAACAGCUCUUGUAACAACGAUCUGGUGCAGUCAUCUCCGGCAGGCGUUGGUGGCAGCCGUCAUUCCCGUCAUAAUAGCGGUCUUGAGGGCAUUGUUAUUGAUAAUGGCGAGGAACCUGUGGAGAACAUUGCGAGCUUUAUCAACAAUAGCUCACAGCGUUUGCGCCUGCAGUCAGGAAGCGAGGGUGGCACCAUCACCAGUGAACAGCUGGCGAACGUUAAGCAGAAAAAGCAACUGCUGUCUAAGGGCACAGAGUGGUUCAAUCAGCGACCCGACAAAGGCAUUCAGUACUUGCAGGAGCACGGCAUUCUGCACACUCAGCUUGAUCCUAUGCAAGUGGCGCUUUUCCUGCGCGAGAAUCCAGGCCUAGACAAGAAAAUGAUUGGUGAAUAUAUAUCGAAAAAGAAGAACGUCGAUUCGAAAAUUCUCAUCAACUUUGUGGACUCGUUCGACUUCACGGGGUUACGCGUUGAUCAAGCAUUGCGUCUCUACCUGGAGACCUUCCGCUUACCGGGCGAGGCGCCAUUGAUAUUCCUCGUUUUGGAGCACUUCUCCGAUCAUUGGCAUAUUCAAAACAAAGAGCCGUUUGCGAAUGUUGAUGCCGCCUUCCGCUUGGCAUAUGCCAUCAUCAUGCUGAACAUGGAUCAGCACAAUUCGAAUGCCAAGCGACUUAAUGUGCCCAUGACGCAGGAUGAUUUCACAAAGAAUUUAAGAGGUUUGAAUGGAGGACAAGAUUUUGAUCAGGAAAUGCUGGUCCAGAUAUUCAAUGGCAUCAAAAACGAAGAGAUUGUGAUGCCCGCCGAGCAGACGGGUCUCGUACGUGAAAACUAUUUGUGGAAAGUGUUAUUGAGGCGUGGCGCCACCCACGAUGGUCACUUCCACUACGUCAACGAUGCCGCCUACGAUAAGCAGAUCUUUAACAUUGUGUGGGGCGCCUCACUCAGUGCUCUGAGUUUUAUGUUUGACAAGAGCACCGAGACGGGAUACCAGCGCACUUUAGCGGGAUUCAGUAAAUCGGCAGCUAUAUCAGCACAUUAUAAUCUGAAUGCGGACUUCGAUGCGCUUAUAUUGACCCUGUGCAAGUUCACAACGCUGUUGAGCAGCGUCGAACAGCACGAACCGGCGCCGGCGAACAAUGAGAUUCAACAGGCUGUCAACUUUGGACUGAAUGCUAAGGCGCAGGCGGCCAUGCGAACGGUAUUUCUGUUAGUUCACGGCUAUGGUGAUAGUCCGCGCGACAGUUGGAAGCACAUUUUGGAUCUGUUUCUGCAGCUGUUCCGUCUGAAGCUGUUGCCCAAAACGCUAAUGGAGGUGGAAGACUUUUGCGAGCCUAAUGGCAAAGCCACGCUAAUAUUGGAGAAACCGCGUGAGAAGCAAGAGUCGGGCCUCUUCUCCAGCCUCUACUCGUUCAUCAGCUCUGACGGCCAGCGAGAGCCUACUUUCGAAGAGCAGGACUUUAUCAAGCAUGGUCGUAAAUGCAUCAAAGAGUGUCAGCUGGAUCAAAUGCUGCAAGAGUCUAAGUUUGUCCAGCUAGAGUCAUUGCAGGAGCUACUCAAAUGCGUACUGUUCCUGUUGAAGGGGCCAGACACACCCAAGUCUACUGGCGGCCAGGCCUAUGCCGAAGAUAUAACUGUCUUCUGGAUGGAGUUUCUCGUCAAGAUUGUCGUCCAUAACCGAGAUCGUAUGAUCCCAUUGUGGCCAGCUGUGCGGGAUAAAAUGUUUCAGCUGCUGUAUAGCAGUGCAGAAAAUGGGUAUGAUUAUUUGCUUAAUCGUUGCAUUGUUGCUAUGCUGAAGCUGGCCAUAUAUCUGAUGCGCAACGAAGAACUCUGUCCCGUUGUGCUGCAGUCGCUCAAAAAGCUGCUUGCACUGAAACCGGCACUCUUGUUGCGCAUUUCAAAGCAAGUUUCGAUUGGCAUCUACGAGCUGCUAAAGACUUCAGCACAGAACAUUCACUCCGAGCAGGAUUGGCAGAUCAUAUUCAACUUACUCGAGUGCGUUGGCGCUGGUGCUGUUCCGCCCAACUUCGAAGAUGGAUUACAGCUAACACUCCCAACAACCAAUGACCGUGGUACAUCCGAUGGCACACCGAGUAGCGAAAAUGAUGUAGGUACUUCUCUUGAACGCGGUUACACAUCUGACUCGGAACUGGGCAGGUCUGCGACUGCCCCACCUACGUCUAGUCCCAGCGUUGAGAACUGGAUACUGGUUAACAAGGAUAGCGAAUUGACCACAGCAUCUAGGCCUCAGUCGCCGCCCAGCUCCAUCACGCCCACUGUAAGCUCAUUGGUGUUCAACUGCCAGCUGCUGGACCAUGCGCCCUUUGCACUGUUCAAGUGCUGGGAUUCGCUUGCCUUUAUCGUGCGCAGUGUGGCUCAUAUCACACCGUAUAACUUUGAGGCGUGCGUGCGAUGCAUUCGGAUAUUUGUGGAAGCGUGCCGGGAUGGUGGCAUACGCCAGCGACGAAAAUUUGAAGCAUCAGUCAAAAAGCGUAACGUGAAAAACCGCCAGGAGAACACACGUGAGCCAGUCGUUGACCUGUCCACGGCAACCGGUAAUUUGACUUCGUCGCUGGUGAGCGAUGUUGGGGAAAAUCAUCCACCAAAUGCCGCAGAGCAGGAGGAAUUGGCGCAGCGUUACGAGCAAUUAUCAAUUCAACUACUCGACCUCAUGUAUACCUUGUACACGCGCACGGCACAGAUCUUUCGCUGGUGGGCAGAGGAAGGCUGCACAGUGCCGCAAUCCGGUGCACUGUGGACGCCCGGUUGGUGUCCGCUACUCCAGGGUAUUGCCCGGCUGGCCAUGGAUCGGCGGCGAGAGGUGCGCACUCAUGCUAUAUCCUGCCUGCAGCAGCGUGCCCUACUUGUGCACGAUUUGCAGACCUUGUCCGGAGCUGAGUGGUGUUCCUGUUUCCAGCAUGUCCUCUUCCCGCUUUUGAACGAGCUAUUGCCAGAGAGUGUCGCAGCUAGUCAGCUGGACGCCUGUCUGUUGGAAGAGUCGCGCAUACGCACGGCCACCAUUAUGUCAAAGAUGUUCUUGCAGCACUUGACGACGCUGAUUGAACUGGGCUCCAUCUUCAACGAGCUAUGGCUCGAAAUAUUGGACUAUAUUGAGCGAUUUAUGAAGGUGGGCUCGGACACGCUCUCGGAACAGAUGCAGGAAAUACUCAAGAACAUGCUGCUCGUCAUGCACUCGGUGCGAGUGUUUCACAAUCAGGACGGAACACUCCAGCAGGCUCUGUGGGAGCUAACAUGGCGGCGCAUUGGCGACUUUCUGCCAAACCUCAAAACGGAACUGUUCCACGAUGAAGGCAAGCGAGCCCAAACGUUAAUAAACGCUGCAGCCGCUGCAAACGUUCAUCAGAUGAUGCCGUCUGUGGCCAUUAUGCCCAGUCAAGCACAACAGCAGCACACGGAGUUGAUUGUCAGCUCUGGUGUUGGUGCUGGUACUGACCAUAGUGAUCUGGAUAGUGGUGCUGCCACACCACUGGUGUCACCUGUUGAAUCACCCCGGCGCAGCAUCAUUCUGCAGCCGCCUAUGACGGAGGCACUGCAACAAGCGCCAAGCUUUACAUUUGCUCAACCCAUACAGGUGCCUCCCCAACAAGCCAUAGAACUGCAGACUCCAACUAACAAUAACGCGUUGCUGCCCGAUUUGAUCAAUGAAGCAGCCGCAGUGGCUGUUGCACAUAGCACAACCACGUUAACAACACCCGUUCACAGCCCUCGGCAAGUGGAAGCUCCAAUUGGCGCACCCGCACCCAUCACCAGCAGUAAUAGCUACGCUAAUGAGGUGCCAGCUACGUCGCUAAAUUUAGAGGAGCACCAGCAGAUGCAAAUGUAUCAGCAUCACCAUUAUCAACAUUACCAGCAGCAGGCGCAACAAACGACGCAGACACAUCCGCCAACGCCAACAGAAAGUGUUGUGCCACUCAGUCAUCUGUUGACCAAGAUGCCGAACACAUCCAUUGUGCACAGUUAUGUGCCGGUCUACGAAGCUCCAUCGGCGGUACAGACAGUCAAUGCAGCUGAAAUCUAUCAGGAGUAUGUACAGAAUCCUUACAACAUAACAUUGCAGCAGGUGCCGCAAGAUCAAUCACUACAGAACAGUCGUCGGCUGAGGUGCUCUUUCCAGCUGUAGCCACGCCAGCCAACUAUUUUAAUGUUAAUGUCGAUCCUAGCACCAUACCGCCUGGCUCUGAGAUGCUCUAUGGACAGCAGUAGGUAGCGAACAUGAUGGUAACCUUUGUUUCACUAAUAAGAUGGGAAAACGCUUAUUUUAUUUUUAUGAAUUCCUGGUCAACCAAAACUUCCAGUUUUAAAUAUCUUUUUUAGUAUACAUUUUAAUAAACGCAUUCCGCGAG